AUGGCGCCCCUCGACGACAUUCAGGUCGGUGACCUGGUCAAUGUCCCCGGGGGCAUGCAUGGGACCGUGAAAUAUUUGGGAGGUGUGGCUGGAAAGCCAGGGAAGUUCGCAGGAAUAGAAUUGGCCACGGAGCAUGCCAGAAGAGGGAAGAAUAACGGAGACGUGGAGGGCAAGAAAUACUUCAACACCUCCGUCCCCGGGUCUGGUAUCUUCGUUCCGAUGAACAGCAACAAGUACGUGACAAAACGAUCCUCUGCCGCAUCCACAGUGAGCACGGGUCCUCCGACGCCCUCGCGACCUGUCAACUUCAGCAAAUCCGUUGGUCCCGGUACUACCGUUUCCCGACCACGAGUCAGACGCCCGUCCCUACCUCGAGCUGAAUCCCCCCGGGCAGUAGCGCCGUCCAAGCUGGGACUGAAUGGACUCCGGACAACAUCUACGGGAUCGAGGACUGGUCCCAGUCCUAAUGGCUAUCCUCGAAGCCCGAUCAAGGCACCGUCUCGGCUAUCCGACCGACCACCCUCCCGAGUGAGUGUGGACGAUGAUUAUUCAUCGGUGAGAACGUCGGAUGCUGGGCGGGGGGUGUCAUCGGCAGAGCUGCAGGACUUGAAAGAUCAAAUAAAGAGUUUGGAGAGACAGCUGCUGGACCGUGACAAGCAACUGGACGAGCAGGCAAGCACAUUAGGGGAAUUCCAACACACUUUGGAGGAACUGGAGGGAUCGGACGCCCUUUCGAUCCGCGCGCAACUACGUGAGAAGAAUGAAAGGAUCGUGCAGUUGACGUCCGAGUUUGAUUUACAUCGAGCAGAUUUCAGGAGCACCCUUGACACAUUGGAAAUCGCCGCAUCUGAAACCGAGCGGGUUUACGAGCAGCGUCUUGAAGAGCUACUGCAACAGAACAAAGAACUGCAUGAACGCGGUGAGGAUGUUGAAGCCGUAGCCAGGCAGCUCAAACAGCUCGAAGAACUGGUUUCUGAGCUCGAAGAAGGUCUUGAGGAUGCAAGAAGAGGAGAAGCCGAAGCAAGAGCAGAAGUUGAGUUCCUACGCGGCGAGGUUGAAAGGACAAAACUUGAACUAAAGAAGGAGCGCGAUAUGUCCGCUGCGGUUCUGCAGGAUGCCCACUCAGGUGUGGACGGACCAGGGCAUUCCAAGGAACUCGAUCAGAAGGAUGACGAGAUACGCGGUCUGAAAGCUAUCAUACAUUCCUUAAGUAGAGGAGACCCCAAUCUAGCUACGCUUCAAAAUGGACUAUCUGGCGGUCCUGAUCCGGAGCAUGUUGCUCAUCUGGAACAGCGCAUCCAGGAAUAUGAGGACAUUACAGAUAAUAAAUCUUAUCGGAUCGAGGAGCUCGAGCGUCAGCUCCGACAGAUGCAGCUGAAUGGACAUAGUCGCCAUCACAGUUCCACCAUUACAGCCUCUCCAGCUAAGCACCACAAGCCCUCGAGUUCGACUGGCAACAUCGGAAACCUGCAUAGCAUUAACCAUGCUCAUCGUCUGUCUGACCGCACCGUCGUCCCCAAUGACUGGCACGAUCAGCCUGGCAUGGAUGACCAACACCAUCCUUUCUCUCAUCGCCGCGGGGCUUCUGAAUCGUCACGCCACCGUCUGGAGACCAUGCAUGAAUCCGAAAGCCCUUCCUCCGAUGACGGUAACUCAUUGUGGUGCGAGAUUUGCGAAGAAGGCGGUCAUGAUAUCUUAAGCUGCACCAACAUGUUCGGUGCUGACAAUAAGAACAAGGAUGUGCACGCCAUUGAGGAGCCGCAGAAUGAAAGUCAUGCAAAGACCACACCUGAAACCUCGGCUGCCCCCACACAUUACUCCAGUCUCGAGAGCCACGAUGCAAGUUCCGACUCCCAUAAGGCUGGCCUGGAAGCACUGAAGGGCAUCAGCGGAGUGACUGCGUCCAUGUCUCCUGUUGCAGGGAAGGCUUCAGGAGUCGACUUGCAUGUCCGCUUCUCCUCAUCGGCUCCAAAUUCUUCAACCACGGCCUUCACCUGUGUCCCCAAGUCCGUACAAACAAAAUGUUUUUCCCAUACAAUCCCCCCACACUUCUUACAGUACCACCGCAUCUUAUCCACUGCACCCUGUGCCCUAGGAACUUCCAUCACCACGCCUACUGUGUCCUUGAACCGCACGGGGCAGUGCGGGUGUCCAGGCCAUUCAAAGAUGGCGACCACUUCGCAGCCCCCUGUUCGGCUUACCUCCCACAAGAAUUUCCCCACUCGUCUGGUCCUCUCUACGUUGACUGGUCGUAUGGUGCAUAUUUCACAAAUUCGCUCCUCGUCGCCUACCAAUCCCGGUCUUGCUCCUCAUGAGAUUUCGUUCCUUCGUCUUCUCGAAGCAGUCACCAAUGGCUCUCAAAUGGAAAUUUCGUAUACGGGAACAAUAUGCGUGUAUAAGCCAGGUCUUAUUACCGGAAGCUCUGCUGGCGCAGGAGCUAGCAGUGGUGGUGCUCCCAUGAAGGUUCUUUUCACGGGUCCUGGAGUCAUUACCUCGGCCACUCCGACGGGUGACAUGUCUGUUGACAGCGUUCGGACUGCUAUCCUUCCCCUCUACCAACAAUUCGGUAUUUUCAACAACAUUGAGCUUCGUGUCCUACGGAGGUCCAAUCCUGGCCCCAAUGGCCGGGGAGGUGGAGGUGAGGUGCAAUUGGUCUUCGGCCACCAAGUUCGCCUCCCAAAGACCCUUCACCUGAUGAAUCCGGGUAGGAUAAAGAGGGUUCGUGGUGUGGCAUACUCUGUGGGUGUGUCAGGCUCCAACAAUGCAAGAAUGAUUGAAACCGCCCGUGGUAUCCUAAACCCCCUUGUUCCUGAUACCUACGUUUUCUCCGACGUAUCAUCCGCCCCGCUGGUGCCUGCUCCCGACAAGAACAACCCCGCAGCGAAGAAGAAGAUUGGUCUUGGAUUUGGAAUGUCCCUCGUUGCAGAAUCCUCAACCGGAUGCUUGUUUUCUGCCGAUGUGACAUGCCCCCCUGCAGGAGGCCAAACCCCCGAGGAUAUCGGGAAGCAGUGCGCCUACCAGCUGCUCGAAUCCAUCUCCAAGGGAGGAUGUGUUGCACCUGCUGCGGCGCCAACAAUGCUGGCUUUGAUGACGAUGGGGUCCGAGGAUGUUGGUCGUCUGCAAGUUGGUCGCGAGGUUGUUGCGGACGAGAAUAUUAUUCAAUUGGCAAGGGAUUUGGUCAAAUUUGGUGCCCCAGGAUGGGGUCUUCGAGAUGCCCCCGGCGACAAUGAUACAGAUGUAAUUAUCAGUGUGGUGGGACGUGGAAUUGGAAAUGUGGGACGCAAGGUUGCUUGA